AUGUCGCCUGAACGUGUCACCACAGAGCUAUUGCACUCUCGUGGCUGGGAUAAUGACUGGCUCAGGCAGUUAGCCGGCGAUAUAGUCGCAGGAUCACUGUCUGCAACGAUUAUCGCCCCCAUCACAACAGUUAUCGACCGGAGCGUCGUGGAGAGGCUCUCCUCAAAUAGAUCCAUCCUGCAUACACUUCGCACACAUGCCAUUUGCUCCAUCCUCCAACCGAAAAAGUUUUACUUUUCCCGACCUUUCUUCAUCGCUUGGUCUCUCUACGCCGCAACCUACGCUACCGCAAAUGCCACCGAUACAAGCCUCGACCAGCUUUCCAGAAUAAGAGAGAAAUCAACAAGCGCGAGUCUCGUCGCAACGUUCAGCUUCCUCCCAACAUACGUCGUCAAUGUGUCUCUGGGAAUCCUAAAGGAUAUCAGGUUCUCUCAGUUUUACGGACACCCAGACGGUCGUCUCAAGCAGCCAACUCCCAUCCCAAGACUCGCGUACAUGGCAUUUCUUUUCCGCGACAGCAUCACUAUAUCCAGCUCUUUCACGCUGGCUCCUCAGGUGGCCUCGUUAGUUCCAGAUUGGAUCACUGCAGACCCGCAUACCAAGAGAACUGUGACCCAGCUCGCUCUUCCCGCCUUGGUGCAAUAUGUGAAUACGCCAUUCCAUAUGAUCGCAAAGAUCCGUUACGAUACGGAGAGGCUAUAUGCAAUCAUCAUCGCUGAGGGCAGCAAGGGUUCUACCGGCGUUCGGAGUGGGGUGUAUAAUCAAUACGGAUUUGAGGGCAUCUUUGCACAGAAGAUGGAUGGUUAG